GCAAGCAGCAAGCAGCAAGCCAUGGCACAACGGCAUUUUAUAUUCCAAAUUCGAGGAUUCUGCAGACGUCAGACUCCAUAUCGCCCUCAUGUUGCCUGCUAAUUUGGGAGAGGAACUUCAAAGUGAUGGCGAGCAACAAGGUUCUCCAGGCUUUUUGAGAGUUUGGCUGCCAGUUGCACAGCGUCCUGGGCGAACGCCUUCCCACUGUCAGCAGAGAGAUACCUACUGCGUACACUACCAUCGCAUAGCCGAGAACCCGGUCCAAAACUCAUGUUGAGCUUCCACCCAUGUUUGCGUCCCGUAUACGUCGCUUCACACGAACGGUACCCAAGGUUUCCUCCAAUGCAAGUAGCACCGCAGGUAGCGUGGGGAAAUAUAACAUCCUAAAUCUCAUCAGCAUCCCCCUUGUCCACUUCCUCUGCACUACAUUGAUAGAAUCCAUCUUGUUUUUUUCGGCCACGGUUCCACGUUCAUUUCGCUAUUCCUCUCCGUAAACCCACCACUGCCCGUGGCAGGCAAAUCGUCCAUGGUCGGUCCAGUAGUGUACACCGAAAAUCGCCAGCCUGCCAAGUAAACGGGGUUUGUACAUGCAUACAGCAGGUAGUAUUUAUGUACAAUAGAAUACGAAAGAUAUCCUGGCACUUACCAGGCACGCGCCAGCCCACGCCUCUCUUGCCCUGCGUGUUAGGUAUCCCUUUAUCAAUUAAAACGGCCCUCGUUGAUGCUGUUCAUCUCAACUUCAACCCUACCAUCCCUACAGCGAUGAGGUUACAUCGUUGUUGCGCAUGUCCCUGGGAUGGCGCGGAUGUUCAAGUUCUUUCACCCCUUGGCUUUCUCUGGCUUGCCCUGUCUUUUUGCUACCUACCCGCUGAGACUGGAAUUGCGCCGAUGAAGCAUUCAAAGGGUAUAAAACCUCGGGACGUACCAAGUCGUAGCACCUGGUAAAUCGAAGUGUGUGGAGGAUUAUCCCCCUCCCCGUCGUCUGCUGAAGACAGUAUCCGGCUGAUGCUUGGCGGUGUUCACGGCAUGACGAGAUUCAUUCUUCUGACAUCGAAGUUGAACACUAUAUGCCGAUUGACUUUACCCAGCGAGCCAGCAUCCCCGAUACUGGAGAAAAGUAUGGGGUAUGUAUGGGGUUACGGGGUACAGGACCGGGAAUUUCAGGGCGGUGAGAAAAGGGAGGUGAUACUUCAAAACAUGCAUAUGGGUGUGCCAGACUGGGAAAAGUCUCGUGUGGUCUCCUCGCUAGCAGUAUUUUGUACUGAUCCGGGGCUUAUUGCAGGUUUUCUGCACGAAAAAAGAAAAAGAAGAAGAGAAAAAAAAAGCUUAAAGAAAAAAAGCC